UUUGUAGUGCAAGAUUAGGACUGUUUUAUUGAAUGACGGGGAUCCAAUCCAUUUCAUGUUCCAAAUCGUAAAGAGACGAUGAGAACCUAUACAUUUGAAAUAUACGUGGCACUUAUCACAGUUCUCCUCUCAAUAAAAAAGACCACACUGACUUCUGUUGGCAUCAGUCAUGGCGGAGGCAUAUCAAAACUUUGUGAGACUAACAACAUUACCUUAUCUUACACGAUAUCAAACGAUGUAGAAGAACCCUCCUUCGACUAUUCCAUAAACGUAACCGGACCACAGGGCCAGCCGUUCAUCAGGUUUAUGGAACAAGCAGCGGAUAAAAACCGACUGUUCCAAUUCUCCGCAAAGUAUCACAGUGGAUUAGGUUAUCUGGUACACACCGUUAACGAAGUGAGCGGGACACACAACAAAACGUACUGGCACCUGAUGAGAGCCCCAUCAGAGAAAUUAUCGGUCGGCAUCAGCAAGUUUAUUCCAGUUGACGGAAACCAUCUUAUUUUGAAGUUCAGCCAAGUUAAAAGUUGGACAUUGUCAUCAUUUGGAUAGUGGCAUUACGUGGUUGACGGUGGUAUUAUGUAGAAAUAGAAAGUAAAGGAAGAUAAAAUGCA